AUUGUAGAACAUCGAACUAACGGCAAUGGGACAAGUCAUUACAAGAGGAGAAUUUUUUUUUCCCCAUUUCUUCACCACAUUAAAAUCUCAUCCAUUUUUUUUUCCCCUUCUCUUCUGCCUACUCUUCUCCUCAGCUUGGGGGGAUCUCUCUGAGUGGUAAUCCGCUAAAAGAUGGGCAUUUUCGAUGGGCUUCCUACUGCCGUGGCGGAUAAACCUUACUUGAAGGAAGAUCUUUCAAGAGUAGAUGAAAGCUGGGCUGCUGCACGUUUUGAUUCCUUACCUCAUGUUGUCCAUAUCUUGACAUCAAAUGAUCGUGAAGUUGAAGCACGUUACUUGAAGGAACAGAGUGAAAUCAUUGAAGAUGCUGUGGAUGAAGUUGUGCAUGCUUACCAUACUGGCUUCAACAAAGCAAUUCAAAACUAUUCCCAGAUAACACAUAGAGAAGAAGAGAUAGCACCAUUUGUUGCCGAAGUAAAGCGGAAUUAUAUAUUUGGUGGAAUAUGUAGCAGUGCAGCAAAUGCAUCAAUUAAGGCUUUGGCAGAUAUGAAAUCAAUCAACCUUUUUGGGGUUCAGCAAAUAUGUCGGAAUUCAAUUGCAUUGGAACAGGUAGGUCUCACAGGCCCUCGCAGCUAUCCCAUCAAUUGACAGUUAAUCCAUCCAGUUGAGAUUGGAUCGAGUCCGCACUUACUAUGAACUCCUAAACAUGCCAUUUGAGGCCUUGCUUGCCUUCAUUACAGAGCAUGAGCACUUGUUUACAGCUGCAGAGUACUCAAAUCUCAUCAAGGUCAAGGUCCCUGGCAAAGAGAUACCUGUUGAUGCAGAGGAGCGGUUCUCAGAGAUUUUGUCUCAUUAGGGUUUUUUAGGUGGAUGGAUUCGUUGUGUGGAGAUGGACAGACAAGUUCCACGGUCGUGGAGAAGCUGAGACCGUGCAUAAUAUUUUUUUCUGUUGUGAGGAUGAUCAAACCAGAAGCUGUUAGACAUCUAGUACCACCAUCCAAUAGAAUAGAUUCAUUCUUGCUUAUUUCUAUUACUGCAAGAUUUCUUUUGUGAUUUAAGUUUUUCAUAUGAGAGAACAUUUACAAUUCCAGCUAAGAAACAACUUGCUGUCAGUGGUAACUCUGGUUUUCACGGAGUUUUUAUUCAUUACCUUCAAAAGCUCCCAGUAGCAAAUGUUGUUACAUAUGAAGUAGAACACCUUAAAGUAUUUCCUAACUCCUAGUUUUGAUUGUAAAUGUUGUAAUUAGUAGAUUGGAUUUGUGUGUUGGGCUUCUACUUGAUUGAAACCCAUGGAAGGCUAAAGCAUCACAGCUCA